GAUCCAGGAAGUUACGUCAGCAGGUGUUCGGCCUCGGGAGGCAUGGCUCAGGAAUCCAGCACAAAAAUCCUGCCCGACUUGCCUGGCGAUCAGCAUAUAUUCCUCUCACCGGUAGCACACAACCACAGAAGCCUCAAACUUCACCAGCGUGAAAGGUCACCGCACUUCUCCGCCUCGGACCGAGCAGCCUCAGCGAUUUUUUAUUUAUUUAUUUAUUUUUAUUUUUUAAAAAAAGGAAGAUUUAUUUUAUAACACACGGAGAUGUCUAAGUCGAAUAUUUUGCCCGACGAUGCGGCCUUUGCCGACUUCAGAAAGCAGUGUUUAUCCACCGAGAAUUGGCUCAGCAAGUAUGACAGUAACGGCAUGCAAGUUUGGGUCGAAGUCUCUCCAACAAAUCAGACAACUAAAAUCCACAAGAUCAAGUGCAGAAUCACAGUCAAGGAUGUGUCAGCUGCCACCAUGUACGACGUCCUUCAUGAUGGCCAGUACCGUAAGAAGUGGGACCCCACCAUGCUGGAGAGCUUUGACAUUGCCCGGCUCUCUGAGAACGCUGAUGUGGGAUAUUACUCCUGGCUGUGUCCAAAGCCGAUAAAGAACAGAGAUGUUGUGACUCUGCGUUCUUGGCGGGUGACGGAUGACGAGUACAUCAUCAUAAACUUCUCAGUCAAACACCCGAAAUACCCCCCUCGCAGCGACCUGGUGAGAGCCAUUUCCAUCUUGACCGGCUACUACAUCAAGCCCACGGGACCCAACAGUUGCAUCUUCACGUACCUUUCGCAAGCCGACCCCAAAGGCUCUCUUCCAAAGUGGAUGGUGAACAAAGCAUCGCAGGUUCUCGCUCCUCGGGUGAUGAAGAGCGUACUCAAGGCGGGCCAGAACUACCCCGAGUGGAAACGGCAGAACUGUCCCGGCCAGAAGCCGUGGCUGUUCCCGGAGCAGAGCACCCUGCCCACGAUGGACCCCGCUCAGCUGUCCAUACAGAGGGCAGACUCGCUGGAGAACGUAGACGAAAGCUUCAAGCAGGACGCUCAGGACAGCGAGGACAGCAGCUAAAUUCCCAACAAAGCGACUGGGAGGAAGGGCGGCCGAGAGGGAGAGACUCGACAAGAAAAACAAAAUGAGAAAAUAGAAAAAAAGAGGACUUGAGAUCCCCCCGCAAUCCUCCAGUUCUCCAAAUCAGUGUGCCUUUUUUCAGGAUGAGCAAGAGUAUGAAGUGUUUACACCUGUCCUUCCAGAUGGAAAUGAGCACAGAUCAAGUUGCCAUUCACCUCAGUCCACGACGAACCGAGCUAAACGUCACUUCUGUGUGCGCUGACAUCGCGCCGUUCCUUCACAGCGCACAGGAUUAGAGGUGUUCGGGUCUGAAUGGGACAUUGUUACAGCACUACAUUUACAAUACAUUCUCCUCUGUUGAGGCAUUAUUAGUUGCAGCUACAUUAAAAAAAAAACACAAACACACACACACACAAACAGUUUAAAGUCAUGGGAAAUGAAGCUUAGGGGUGUGUUUUGACUGUGAACAGCAAUAAGGUUAGACAUCGCGGUGAAAGUAAGAGUUGUGUAUUUUGUUUUUGUUUUUUUUACACAUUGUUCAAACACACUAGAAACUGUUUUAACCCGUUUUUCUUUUGGAGACGGACACUUAAAAUAGUCACUUUAUUUUUUUUUUACUCUUCUGCUACUAGUAUUGCUUUUUAAUUGUGAAUGUCUGAUUCCUACGUUCAUAUUAUUUUAGUCAGUUUUCUACAUUUUUGUCUUCAGUGUGAAAUGAAGAUUUGAGCGGAUGACAGGGGAUCAACAACAUGUAAGCUGCAUUAACGUGCAACGUGUACAUAGCUGUGUUGUAUUUUAUCAGUCAAAUAUGCCUUUACUUGAAGGAUUUAAACGGCCUCGAAGGGUAUCUCGUAUUUUAUUUAUUUAUUUCAAGUUACCGCACACAGACGGCUGAUGGAAUGAAGCUGCGCACGCUGAGGUCACCAUGUCGUUCUUCUUUGUAUAUUUAAUGUUAGGUGGAUGCACAGCCUCUUGUGAAUAAACCUUUACAGAGUUA